CCUGAUCCCAGCACAAGUACUACAGUAGCAUACAUCAGACUGUAAAUAUGCAUGUGCUUAUGACAAACGAUGACGGGCCACCUGCACCAAAUUCCAGUCCUUACAUCUUCCCCUUGUUUCAGCAGAUCAAGAAGGACACAGACUGGAAGACGACCGUAGUCCUACCAGACUCUCAAAAGUCAUGGAUCUCAAAGGCCAUUUUCAUCAAUGACAAGGUUUUGGAAACCUUCUACGAUCCUGAGACUGAGAAAACAACCGACUCUAGACAAAGUGAAAAAGACUGGACGCUCUUGACUGGCACGCCUGCGACGUGCUCAUCGAUUGGCAUUCACCACAUCUGUCAGGACAAGCCAGACUUGAUCUUGUCGGGCCCUAAUUACGGACGCAACACUAGUUCUAUUGCAGCUCUCGCAAGUGGGACGCUGGGGGCAGCAUUUGAAGGAGCCGGAGCAGGUGUCCGUGCGAUAGCCAUCUCUUAUGCCUUUUGGGACGGGAAAACCAUGGACUAUGUGGAGGAGGCAUCAGCGCUUGUCGUCAAGCUCUGUCAAUACCUCUACGCCAAUUGGGACGAAGGCGUCGAUGUCUACUCGAUCAACGUCCCGCUUUGCAAGGAAAUGGCUACAGGCGAAGACAAGAUCCUUUGGACACACAUUCAUCAAGCUCAACAUAGUCCGCUGUUCCAGGAGACGAGGGCAAAACAUAGUCCGCUGUUCCAGGAGACGAGGGCAAAGCCUCUUGAUGAACAUGCUCUGCGUGAAGCCCAGAGUCAAGGCAAGGAUACGACUGUCGAGGAGUCUGGCGAGGCCAGCAAGACGAAACCAAGAACAUUCGAGUUCCGUCCCAGGUUUCAAGACUUGCAAAAGUCAAUCAAUGAUGAGCAGGGACGCCUUUCUGAUACUUGGGCCGUUGCUGAGCGCAACAUUAGCGUGACACCGCUUCGUGCCAACUUCAUGCACCAAGAUAUUGGGACAAGGAAUCGAGAGAUCAAGUUGUAAUGUAGUUCAUGCAUGUGUGAACAAAGCUGAGCAUCGUCUGAGAUAUUCCACCUUGCGUGACGUGCGAGAUAGGACAGCAUUUCGGUUGUAGACAUUGUAACUUGAGCUCAGAACAAACCCUAAUGCAUUAGCGAGUCCGGCGCGUAAGACAAAG